AUGAAAGCUAAGAAUAUUUUAUAUCUUUUAUUUUUUUAUUCAUUGUUCUUUUUCAAAGUAUAUUGUUUUUUGAAAAAAAAAUAUUAUUUUAAUAUCUUGUUUUAUAAAAAAGAAAGACAUGAAACCAGUUCACAAAUAAACCAUAUAAAGUACAAAUUUACCAAGAAUAAAUUAAAAAAAUAUUUUAAAAGUUAUAUGAAAAAAAAAUAUUACUCUUUUAAUUUUAUUAAAAAUAACACUUUUUAUUUAAAGGAUAGUACUCCCUAUAUUUUUAAAAUAGAUAAAAAGAUAUCAAUAAUAAUAGCAAAUAAAAAAUUGUACGACAAAAAAAAUAUUGAGAUAGUGAAUAAAGAUGAAGACAAAGUAAAAAUACAAUCAAAUGAUUUGAAAAAUGGGAAAAAAAAAAAAUUAAGACUAAGGAAGAAUGAAAAUAACGUUGCAAAUAACACUAAUAAUGAUACAGUAACUAGUGACGUAAUAAAAAAAGAAAAAAAAAAAUUAAAGAAUACAAGAAAAAAUAAAGCUAGAAAGUUAAAGACAGAAAAAAACAAGCAUAAUAAAAUUUUAGAUGAUAAUAAUGAUUUAAAUAAUGAAUUUGAUAGUGAAAUAGAGAAAGAUAAAAAAAAUGAAAUUGAAAAUGAAGAAGAAAAUGAAAAAAAAAAAAUAAUUGAAGAAGAAAAAGAAAAAGAAAAAUUAGAAAGACAAAAGAAAAUUGAAUUUAUUAAAAAAGUAGAAUUUUUAUUAAAAGAAGAUGAAAAAAAUGAGUCAUUAUAUGAAAAAAGGCCAGAUAUAGAUAAAUUAAGGUUUGGAGAUAAACCUCCUCCAGCAUGUGAGGAUUUAAUGAGUUCUAUUUUAAGAAACAUACAUGAUAAAGGAUUUAAAGAAAAAACAAAUACUAACGAAAUGUGUGAUUUAAGGAAAAAACAUAUAUUUUAUGAGCUUUUAAGGAUCAGUAAUUCUAAUACAUUUAAGACACAUAAAAUAUAUAAGCAUAAUGAUUUAAUAUAUGGAAUGAAAUAUAGAAAAUUAGGUGAUAGUAAUUUAUGCGUAAGUGAAAUAUGUAUUGGAACUAAUAUGUAUGAAAAUGAAAAUUUUAUAAGUAAAGAUGAUGUAAAUGUCUUGUUAAAUAUGGCUUUUUAUGAAUAUGGAAUAAAUUUUUUUGAUAUUUGCGAGUAUGAUCCAUUUCCAUUUGAUCCAGAAAGUUACAAAAAAAGUAAAAAUAAAAAUAUGAAUUUGUUUCUUAAAGAUAAAAAAAGAGAAAAUAUAAUUAUAAAUUUACGUAUGUGUUCAUCAAGAAAUGUAGAUAAAAUUACUCAUGGAGACUAUUACUUAAGUUGGAUUAUGGAAGAUUUAAAAGACGAUACACCAAAUUUUUACAACAUUGAAGAAAGAUUAGAUAAAAUUUUGAAAAAUUUAAACACUAAUUACGUGGACAUAUUAACUAUUGAUAUACCUGAACGGUACAUACCAAAUAGUGUAAAUGGAGAAGAUACAUAUGUAUGGGGAUUUGAAAAUUUAAGAGCAGAAGAAAAUAAAGAAGUUAUAACCAUAGAAGAACAAUUUGAAAUAUUGGAAAAGUUAGUUCUUAAAGGAAAGGUUAGGCAUAUAGCGGUUUCCAAUGAAAGCGUGUGGGGAAUAUAUCAGUGGUGUAAUCUAGCUAAAAAAAAAAAAAAAAAAAAUAUGAAAAUUGUGUGUGUGCAAAAUUUAUAUAAUCUGUUGCACAGGAAUGAAGUAGAGUCUUCAGGUCUUGUUGAAAUGAUAUUAAAAGAAAAUUAUGAUGUACCUUUAGUGCCUUAUGGAUUAUUAGCAGGAGGAAUUUUAACAGGAAAGUAUUUGGAUCCAGAAAGAUAUCACACUAUGGGUCCAGAUACUAUAUUAGGAGAUGAUCAACUUGAUCACGAUUUAGAUGAUUCUCGAGGUAAUAAACCAGAAGAUUAUGGAUAUUUAUCAUAUGGUCCAAGAAAUGGAAGAUGUAAUAAAUACCCUCUUUUAUAUAAAUCCCAUAGAUGCGUAUGGGCACAGGAUGCUGUUGGAGAAUAUAUAAAAUUAGCUAGAUCACAUGGUAUGUCAUUAGCUCAAUUAAGUUUAAGUUAUGUUUACAGUAGACCUUUUGUAGGUUCCUCUAUUAUAGGUCCAAGGACUAUUGGUCAAUUAAAAGAUUCUGUUUUAUCUUUAAAUUAUCCAAUUUAUCAACACACAGAGUGUGAUAUACAUGAAAUUUUUUUAAGAUACAGAGGUUGUACAAUGGAUGGUAAUACUAUUUUAAAUAGUCUUAGUGAUCCUAAUAAAACAAGUCAAAGUGUUUUUUAUAAGACUGCCAAUAUACCCAUUUUAAGUGGUGGAACAUUUUGGAACAAUUAUCCAUUACCACCUCUUUUGAAAAGAUAUGAAUAUAUGGAUAUGAAAGAAGAACAUGAUAGAAUAAAAUCUACUUUUGGAUUAAACGAUGAACCAAAUGAUCACAAUUUUAUAAGUUCUCGUAUGUGGGUAGAGAGAGAGAAAAGAAAAGGAGAAUAUUAUGCAUUAAAAGAAAGUAUUUUAUUUAAAUGGAAUAAAUACAAAUUAUAUAAAGGAAUGCUAACAAAAUUGAAUAAAAAGGAACAAAUUCUUUAUGAUACGAGUAAUUUUCAUUUUGCUUUUAAAAAUGACACUAUAUCUGUAAUUCCAACCGAUGAUGAAAUAAAAAAUUUUUAUGAAAAUCAAGAAAAAAUAAAAAAAGUUAUUCAUAAAACCGUAAAUGAUCAUCAAGAAUUAUUUCAGUAUCACGAAUAUUUAGGAUCAGAUCUGCCAUCAAUAUUUAAUAAUUUAGAUAUUGAUUUAAUUUAUAAACAACUAUUAAAUAGACAUAAUAUAAAUCCAUUAGAUAAAAAUGAAUUAGAUUCUAUAUAUGAAUACAUCAAACUAACACCUUCUGAAAUUAAAACAGAAGAUUAUUGGUAUAUUUACAAAUAUAAUCCAUUUGAUACAUCAUUUUCAUUUAGAACAGGAACAGAACCAUAA